AGGCCGGCAAGAUUGGAUGGUUAGAAAUUAGAAGUGGAAAAAAUGGACUCUCCAGCACCUUUAAACAAUCCACUCUCGACAUUUAUCCACCAACUCGGUACCGAACUCACCACUAGACUCAACGACGGCCGUCGACUUGCCGGGAACCUAAUUUCCACCCUCUCUACGGCGGCGCCUCGUCGGAGAAUUAACCUUCCUCUUCCCCUCUCUUUGCCAUUUGCUUCCAUUGGACAAGCUAAGCAAAUUAAUGGCGUCGCUUUGAGCACCGAUAAUGUCGCUAAAACCCUAGCUGGAACUUCUGUAUACACAGUUAGCAAUGAUAAUAAUGAAUUCGUGCUGAUUUCUGAUCCUAUUAAUGGCACUAAGUCUAUUGGAUUAUUGUGUUUCCGUAAAGAGGAUGCUGAGGCCUUUCUUGCUCAGGCUCAGUUGAGGAGGAAGGAGCUGCGGAGUCAGGCUAAAGUUGUUCCAAUCAGUCUAGACCAAGUGUACAUGUUAAAGGUUGAAGGAAUUGCUUUCCGCUUCUUGCCUGAUCCGGUACAAAUCAAGAAUGCUUUAGAUUUGAAAGCGUCAGAGACAAAACGUGGGUUUGAUGGCGUUCCUGUGUUUCAGUCAGAAGUUUUAGUGGUAAAGAGGAAAAAUAAGCAUUAUUGUCCAAUAUAUUUCCGGAAGGAAGAUUUAGAGAAAGAACUGUUUUUGAAGACAUCGCGAGGCCGGGGUUCUCAUAAUAUAGUGGUCGGGAGUUUAGAAGAUAUUUUGAAGAAAAUGGAGAUAAGUGAAAAGAAUUCUGGCUGGGAUGAUUUCAUAUUUAUUCCACCAGGUAAAAGCCAUACUCAACAUAUUCAAGAGGUGACCAAGGCGUGAUGUAUCGGGUACAUUUUUUCUGCUUGUCUAGUUUGAGAAGCAAAGGAUGGCAUAACUCGUUUUCUAUUCGAUCCCUUAUUUUUCUUUCCUAUGGAAUGUCCGUUUUUGAUGAUAAGAGUUCUGUCGAGGACUCGAGGUUUUGCUAGUUUUGAUUAGAGACAAUUAUAAAUAAUCUAUAAUUAUGUCCAUAAUUAACAAUCACAUUUAGGACUAUUGUGCAUGAUGUCUUGGAGAAUUUACAUUUUUAAUAGUGAUACCAAUCAAAAACCUCAAUGUUACCA